AUGGUGUUGUCAUCUAAUUUUUUAAUCGCAUUGCUCACAAUUCUACAACUCAAACAUCAACUAAUCGAUUCAUGCAAUCAUAAUGCACCAUGUGGUUGUUCAAACAAAUCUCGAUUACAUUCAAAAAUUAUCGGUGGACAAACUGCUAGAAUAGAAACAUGGAGUUGGGUAGUAUCAAUUCGUAUUCAACACAUAUUUCGAUGUGCAGGAUCAAUUGUAUCAAACUCAUGGAUCAUAACAGCAGCACAUUGUUUUUCAAUAGUAAAUGAUUUAGGAAACAAUAUCUUUCGAAUUAAUACUUCCGACAUUACAGUACAUGCUGGUUCAAAUCAUCGAUAUGGACAAAAUCAGUUAAGUAAAGUAACUGACAUUAUUUUCCAUCCUAAUUUUGAUCAAUCCAAUUUUAAUAAUGAUAUUGCUUUACUCAAAUUAUCAUCACCUUUUAAUAUGACUGAUAACAUUUUAGGUAAGAUAUGUUUACCAAAUAUGUCUUUGAAUGGAUAUCCACCUAUAGAUUCAUUACUUGUUACAGUCGGUUGGGGUAGACUUUGGGAAAAUGGUCCGGAAUCUUCGACACUUCAACAAGUUAUAUUAACAGCAGUUGAUUAUCAAAAUUCCACUUGUUAUCCAUUGAUCUAUGAUCAAUUAAAACAAUUUUGUGCUGGUGUUGAAAACAGUAAAAAAGAUACAUGUCAAGGUGACUCUGGUGGUCCUCUUAUGAUGUUUACAUCAAGUAAACAAUGGGUUAUUGUUGGUGUAACAUCGUUCGGUUACGGAUGUGCACAACCAGGAUAUUCUGGUGUCUAUACACGAAUAACAGCUCAUUUAGAUUGGAUAUAUUUGUUCAUUAACAAUACAAAUGAUUCUAUAUAUCCUUACUCAUUAAUAUCAAAUAGUCCAUUUAAUGAUGAUGAUAUCGAAUGGCAAAUUAACAUGUCUUUUCGUCAUUCUAUGUCUUUAGAUUUAUUUAUUAUAUUGAUAUCAAUGUUGUUAUGUUUAAUCACGAUAUGUUCUUCAAAUUAA